GUCGAGUUGUCUCGAGAGAAACAUCCAUCGACAAAAGGAGCCAAGUCAUAAGGACACCUGACGCCGGCAUGUCGUUCAGCAGCUUCUACUCGGUGGUGAACGCCAUCAAAGACAAGUCGGCGGAGGCCAUGACGACGCUGAGCUCCGACUUACAGGACUUCAAAGCCAUCGUUCAGGAGGACGUAGCCGAACUGAGUAAGAACGUGCGUCAGAACAUGCAGGAAGGACGGCUCAGCGUCGACCGGAAUGACGAGGAGGAGGACGAGGAGUCCAAGCAGGACCAGGACGAUGAGAAACAGGACAAACCUAAAGAUCCCACGCAGUCUGCAACAGAGGAGAAGGUUGAGGACGAAGACCCGCUGACGUCGCUCAAGAACUCGAUCUUCUCCUUCGACAUGACCAGUUCACUGAACUCAGUGGGCAGCUCUGUUCAAGGUUCACUUUCUUCAGUACAGGGAUCACUGUCCUCAGUGGGCACUAAGUUGACGUCGCUAGACGUCGGCUCCAGUCUCGGUUCCCUCGAAGCCAUGGGCUCCAAGCUUCUCAACUCUGCAGACGAGUUCCUGGGUACGCUGGCAGGAGAUGCCGCGUAUGAGAACGACGAGGAGCUUAGUGAAAGCGAGCUUAGUGCCAGACGGUUCCGACUGCUAGCACUACAGGAGGACUCGGAGACAUACGUCGAGCCGCCGCUGGACGUCGAGACCUUUGAAAAGUGGAAACUCACUACGUCUGCUGAGGAGCUGGAAGAGAUUCAGAAGGAGGUAUUGGAGAACUACCCGACGGUUGGAGCAAAGUUCACAGAGCUGGUACCGUCCGUGGUAGAGGCUGACGUGUUCUGGGCGCACUACAUCUACAAGGCUUCGCUGCUGGCGGCGCAAGAGCAGCGCGGUGCCGACCUGCUUGAACAUGCUUUGAACGAUGACGAGGAAGAGAUUGGCUGGGACGUGGACUCGCCCAAGGCCAAGGACGACGAGGGCAAGCCUAUUUUCCCUGAUGACGAGUCGAAGGAGGAGGAAGGCAAGGCGCCAGCUCCUGUUACUGCCACGAACGGCCCGACAUCAUCCAGCGAUGGUGAAAGCUGGAUCGAACUGGACGAGCGGAAGGAGUCGAACUCGCCGGGUGCGUCGUCGAGUCUUAAGGAGCCAACGACUGCCCUGACCGACUUGAAACUAGAUGAAGGAGAUGAAGCUGCCGAGGAGGACUCGCUGGACUGGGGUGACGAUGACGAUCUGUCAGUGCCGGAGGCGACUACUGCUGCUACGUCAGAUGCCAAGGCCCCCGAGGCUACCCCAGCAACCCACGAGGAUGCCAACAAGCGCGGGGAAGACUGGGGCGAGUGGGACUAAGUUAAGUAGCUGUCCGCACAUACUUCAUCGAUCCUACCAACACUUUUUUACUACGCUGUCGCGGCAGCUUCUAUAUGCUUAUUGAGCUUCAUGCUUCAAAUCUUUGAACUAUUGCUUGCGUUUGUCAUUUCUGCA